UCAGGGAUUAUUAAAUCCAGUUUGGGAUGGCUCCUUCCGCUCAUGUGCAAAGAGCACAAGCGGCUGUUGAAGCCAUGAAGCUCAUUGGGUUUGAUCAAGCCAAAGCGAAGGCAGUCUUGAAGAAGCUGCUCAAAGUUUAUGAGAACAACUGGGAGUAUAUUGAAGAAGAAAACUACAGGCUUCUGGUGGAUUCAAUACUCGAUGACCAGGAAUCAGUGGUAACUUCUGUGUUGGUUCUAUCUGUUAUUUCUUACUGUCGCUUGGUACCUAGAGUAGUUUACCGGUGUUUCGUAAGCCAGCAAGACCCUGAGGUGAAUGAAACAGAUGCUUCUGCAAGUGUUGCACGUAAGGUAUCACGGAAGAGGUUAAGGCAUAGGCCAGAGGAUUCUGACCAUUUUCCAUUAGAAGUUGAAGCCUCUGGGGAAACUUCACCCCAGAGACCGAAACUUGAUCGAUCACCUGAAGACCAUCCCACAAAUUUCAGAGGUAAAAUGAUUAAGCCUGUGGAGGCUCAAUGCCCUCAUGACGGAGAAGGAUCAUCUUCAUCGUCUCAUACAAUACGUGAAAAUGAACUAAUUAGAGAGAAAGCACCUCAAAAUUCUCAUAAUUGUCAAGAGCUUAGCCCUAUUUCAGGCCAAGUAGUUCCUCGGAUGACGAGCUCCAGUAAUCCUCCAAAUGUACCAUAUUUUGAAAAAGGAAAAUCAAGUUCGCUUGUGAUGCAAGAAAGAGAUGAACAUCAACCCUGUGGCACAUCAGGAAAUUUAAUAUGUCAUAAAGAGCCAAAGAUGGAACCCGACACUGAAUUUCCUCGAGAUAUUGUUGCUGUUGCUUUUUCUUCUAAUCCAGAUAUGUCCGUGGAUGAGGUUCCUUGCUACAUCUCUGAUAAUUAUGUGCCUCUUGCAUUGCCAUCACCUCAAGGAACUCCUUCAGGAACUGCUGCCAAUCAUGGCACAGCACAGAAGGGUGAUUUUCUUUGGGCAAAUGCUUCAACUGGUUUAACUGGUGCAAACAGUCAAGAUGCACCAAUCAAUGAGGAUGAAAAAUGUCUAAAAGUUCAAGUACGAAAGGAGAUCACUAAAGAUCAUUCUGUCAGUGCUCCCCAUCCCCUGCUUGAUGAGAAUGACAUAGCAAAAGGUGAAGAGAUAGUAAGAAUUUCGCUUAUCAAUGAGUUCACAAGCGAAAAGUUCCCUGCUUACUUUCAUUACAUUGCUCGGAAUGCUGUUUAUCAGAAUGCACAUGUCAACUUUUCCCUUGCUCGAAUUGAUGAUGAAGACUGCUGUUUGAACUGUUUUGGUGAUUGUUUAAGUGCGCCUAUCCCAUGUGCCUGCACCCGAGAAACAGGUGGUGAAUUUGCAUACACCAUGGAUGGUUUACUCAAAGCUGAAUUCUUGAAUGAAUGCAUUUCUAUGAACCGUGAUCCUUAUAAACGUCAUCAUAUUUACUGUAAGGAUUGUCCUAUAGAAAAGUCUAAGAAUGAGCAUACGCCUGAAGCCUGCAAGGGACAUCUUGUUAGGAAAUUUAUUAAGGAAUGUUGGAUCAAGUGUGGUUGCAGCAAACAAUGCGGCAAUCGUGUUGUUCAACGGGGCAUUUCACGGAAUUUGCAGGUGUUUUUUGUAGCUGAUGUGAAAGGAUGGGGCCUUCGAACCCUUGAAGAAUUGCCUAGCGGAGCAUUUGUCUGUGAAUAUGUUGGAGAGAUUUUAACAAACAUAGAACUUUAUGAUCGUACUAUUCAAAAGACUGGUGGUGCAAGGCACACCUACCCUGUAAUAUUGGAUGCUGACUGGGGUUCAGAAGCGGGAUUGAGAGAUGAAGAAGCGCUUUGCUUAGAUGCUACUUUCUUUGGAAAUGUUGGGAGAUUUGUGAAUCAUAGAUGCUUUGAUGCUAAUUUGGUUGAGGUUCCUGUUGAGUGGGAGACUCCAGAUCACCAUUAUUAUCAUCUUGCCUUUUUUACUACGAGAAAAGUAGAAGCUUUGGAAGAGCUAACAUGGGAUUACGGGAUUGAUUUUGACGAUCGUUCACAUCCAAUCAAAGCCUUUAAAUGCCUUUGUGGGAGCAGAUUUUGCCGCGAUAGGGUUCGAUCAAAGGCUACUAGAUCAAGAGCUUCAGGCUCAAAGUGAACUUCCGGCAAGUUGCCC